CAAGAUUGAAAGCUUCUAGUUCUAUAGAUAUAAACUCAUAAUGAUCGAUCGUCCAUAAGCCAAAUUAACCAAAAUUGCUAUUACUCUCCACUUCAAUUAAACCCUUCCCGUAGCAGAAAAUCAGAAAAGAAAAUAGAAAUGACGGCGGCUCCAGAAGCUGAUUCGGUCAAAAGAGCCGAGGAGGAAUGGCGUGCGGUUCUCUCUCCUGAACAGUUUAGGAUUCUUAGGGAGAAAGGCACUGAGAAAAGAGGAAAAGGAGAAUAUGUGAAGUUAUUUGAGGAAGGAAUCUACUGUUGUGCCGGAUGUGAAACUCCGGUUUACAAAUCAACUACUAAAUUCGAUUCUGGUUGUGGUUGGCCUUCGUUUUUUGAUGCUAUUCCUGGUGCUAUUAACCGAACCGAGGAGAGAGGUGGAAAAAGACUUGAGAUCACUUGCGCGAAAUGCGAUGGGCAUCUAGGUCAUGUCUUUAAAAAUGAAGGUUUCCAAACGCCGACCAACGAACGCCACUGCAUCAACAGCGUUUCACUCAAGUUCUCCUCCGCGAUUCCGUCUCAGUAA